GAGGCUUGACAUUCACGAGAACGGAGACUCCCCAAGAGAAAUUUCAAUGACAAGGACAGCCAAUGGCUCGUGGUCUUAGAAGAACUGCUUAGACGAUGUGUGUUCCCUGAGCUGUAAACACGUGGCCGAGCUGCAAGUGUGCUCAGCGCUGCAUGAUGAAUUGGAUGGCUGCAGACCGGAGGCAAAAGAAAUAAUUGUCUCAUUUUCGUGGUGAUUUGCUUAACUGGUGGGACCAUGCCAGAACGGCUAGCGGACAUGCUCUUGGAUCUCUGGACGCCAUUAAUAAUAUUAUGGAUCACGCUUCCCCCUUGCAUUUACAUGGCUCCAGUGAAUCAGUCUCAAGUGUUAAUGAGUGGCUCCUCUUUGGGACGAAACCAGCUGAGUGAAGAACAGAGGGUUUUGAACCGCUCCAAAAGAGGCUGGGUUUGGAAUCAAAUGUUUGUCCUGGAAGAGUUCUCUGGACCGGAACCGAUUCUUGUUGGCCGGCUCCACACAGACCUGGAUCCUGGGAGCAAAAAAAUCAAGUACAUCCUCUCGGGUGAUGGAGCUGGGACAAUCUUUCAAAUAAAUGACCUAACGGGAGAUAUCCAUGCUAUAAAAAGACUUGACCGAGAGGAGAAGGCGGAGUACACCCUCACGGCGCAGGCGGUCGACUGGGAAACCAGCAAACCUCUUGAGCCUCCGUCUGAAUUUAUUAUUAAAGUGCAAGACAUCAACGACAAUGCACCUGAGUUUCUUAAUGGACCCUAUCAUGCUACCGUCCCAGAGAUGUCCAUUUUGGGUACGUCUGUCACUAAUGUAACAGCUACCGAUGCCGAUGACCCAGUUUAUGGAAACAGUGCGAAGUUGGUUUAUAGUAUCUUAGAAGGACAGCCUUAUUUUUCCAUUGAGCCUGAAACAGCUGUUAUCAAAACUGCCCUUCCCAACAUGGACAGAGAAGCUAAGGAGGAGUACCUGGUCGUUAUUCAAGCCAAAGAUAUGGGCGGGCACUCCGGAGGCCUGUCUGGGACCACGACACUUACAGUUACCCUUACUGACGUUAAUGACAAUCCUCCAAAAUUUGCACAGAGUCUGUAUCAUUUCUCAGUACCAGAAGAUGUAGUUCUUGGCACUGCAAUAGGAAGGGUGAAGGCCAAUGAUCAGGAUAUUGGUGAAAAUGCACAAUCAUCAUAUGACAUCAUUGAUGGAGAUGGCACAGCACUCUUUGAAAUCACUUCUGAUUCCCAGGCCCAGGAUGGCAUUAUAAGACUAAGACGGCCUCUGGACUUUGAGACCAAAAAAUCCUACACACUGAAAGUAGAGGCAGCCAACGUCCACAUUGACCCACGUUUCAGCGGCAGGGGCCCUUUUAAAGAUACGGCCACGGUCAAGAUUGUGGUGGAGGACUCCGACGAACCACCUGUCUUCUCUUCACCGACUUACCUACUAGAAGUACAUGAAAAUGCUGCUCUAAAUUCCGUGAUUGGCCAAGUGACGGCUCGUGACCCUGAUAUCACUUCCAGCCCGAUAAGAUUCUCCAUUGACCGGCAUACUGACCUGGAGAGACAAUUCAACAUUAAUGCAGACGAUGGGAAGAUCACUCUGGCGACACCUCUCGACAGAGAAUUAAGUGUAUGGCACAAUAUAACAAUCAUCGCUACCGAAAUUAGGAACCACAGUCAGAUAUCUCGAGUACCUGUUGCUAUUAAAGUGCUGGAUGUCAAUGACAACGCCCCUGAAUUCGCAUCCGAAUAUGAGGCAUUUUUAUGUGAAAAUGGAAAACCCGGCCAAGUCAUCCAAACAGUGAGUGCCAUGGACAAAGAUGAUCCUAAAAAUGGACAUUAUUUCUUAUACAGCCUUCUUCCAGAAAUGGUCAACAAUCCGAAUUUCACCAUUAAGAAAAAUGAAGAUAAUUCCCUCAGCAUUUUGGCAAAGCAUAAUGGAUUCAACCGCCAGAAGCAAGAAGUCUAUCUUUUACCAAUCAUAAUCAGUGAUAGUGGGAAUCCUCCGCUGAGCAGCACCAGCACCCUGACCAUCCGGGUCUGUGGCUGCAGCAGUGAUGGUGUUGUCCAGUCUUGUAAUGUUGAAGCUUAUGUGCUCCCCAUUGGACUCAGUAUGGGCGCCUUAAUUGCCAUAUUAGCAUGCAUCAUUUUGCUGCUAGUCAUCGUGGUGCUGUUUGUAACUCUGCGACGACAUAAAAAUGAGCCAUUAAUUAUCAAAGAUGAUGAAGACGUACGGGAAAACAUCAUUCGCUAUGAUGAUGAAGGAGGAGGGGAGGAGGACACAGAGGCUUUUGACAUUGCAACUUUGCAAAAUCCUGAUGGGAUUAAUGGAUUUUUGCCCCGUAAGGAUAUUAAACCAGAUCUACAGUUCAUGCCAAGGCAAGGACUCGCUCCAGUUCCAAAUGGUGUCGAUGUUGAUGAAUUUAUUAAUGUACGGCUCCAUGAGGCAGAUAAUGACCCCACGGCCCCACCAUAUGACUCCAUUCAAAUUUAUGGUUACGAAGGCCGGGGGUCUGUGGCUGGCUCCCUCAGCUCCCUGGAGUCCACCACGUCAGACUCAGACCAGAAUUUUGACUACCUCAGUGACUGGGGUCCCCGCUUUAAGAGACUGGGUGAACUCUACUCUGUUGGUGAAAGUGACAAAGAAACUUGACAGUGGAUGACAAAGGAAUCAGUGGGACUGAGCAUUCUGUAAUAUUCUAGGGUCACCCCCCCUUAGAUACAACCAACGUGGCUCUCUGUUUUAGAGGCAAGUUUAGCACCCAUCAUCUAUAAACUCAACUACAUUUUCAUGUUGAACCAAAAAAAGUUAUAAUAAUAAAAUAAAAAGUAUAUGUUAGGAGGUUAUAUAUCUUGUGGAGUGUGAAUUACAGUAUGUGGAGUGUCUAGAAGUCUUUGGGUAUUUGAUAUUUACUUGACCACCACAGACAAAGAUUGGGAUCCUGGCUACUCCUUAGUGAAAUGGUUGCAAAAGAGGAAAAAUCCAAAUUAAAAGGUGCUUUCUUAGGAAAAAAAAAAAAGGACUUACAAGGAAAUUGCUGCUGAUAACGUGUCUUCUGCAAGGCUUUUUAAAAAUGCAAGUGGUUUUUUUUUCCCCUUCGCCAACAAGGAUCCCACCACAAAUGUUUAAAGCAAUACUCGGUCGGCUGUACAUUAUGACUUUUGGGAGUUUUGGAAAACCUCCUAGAUUAUACGGUACGGUGACCACACAUUGUACAUAACCGUUGGCCCCACUCACCACAGACUGAAGAGUAUCUUUAAAUAUUGUGUCGAGCCUUAAAAUAUUCACAUGUUUGUAAUCCAUUCCAGAGUGGGGGUUGCCAACUCAGU